AUGGAUGGUGAAGAUAUACCAGAUUUUUCAAGUUUGAAGGAGGAAACUGCUUAUUGGAAGGAACUUUCCUUGAAGUAUAAACAAAGCUUCCAGGAAGCUCGGGAUGAGCUAGUUGAAUUCCAGGAAGGAAGCAGAGAGUUAGAGGCAGAGUUGGAGGCACAAUUAGUACAGGCUGAACAAAGAAAUAGAGACUUGCAAGCUGAUAACCAAAGACUGAAGUACGAAGUAGAAGCAUUGAAGGAGAAGCUAGAACAUCAGUAUGCACAGAGCUACAAGCAGGUCUCAGUAUUAGAAGAUGAUUUAAGUCAGACUCGGGCCAUUAAGGAGCAAUUACAUAAGUAUGUAAGAGAGCUGGAACAGGCUAAUGAUGACCUGGAGCGAGCAAAAAGGGCAACAAUAGUUUCACUGGAAGACUUUGAACAAAGGCUAAAUCAAGCCAUUGAACGAAAUGCAUUUUUAGAAAGUGAACUUGAUGAAAAGGAAUCUUUGUUGGUCUCUGUACAGAGGUUGAAGGAUGAAGCAAGAGAUUUAAGGCAAGAACUAGCUGUUCGGGAAAGACAACAGGAAGUAACUAGAAAGUCAGCUCCCAGUUCUCCAACGCUGGACUGCGAAAAGAUGGAUUCUGCCGUCCAAGCAUCACUUUCUUUGCCAGCUACCCCUGUUGGCAAAGGAACGGAGAACAGUUUUCCUUCACCGAAAGCUAUACCAAACGGUUUUGGUACCAGUCCACUGACUCCUUCAGCUAGGAUAUCAGCACUGAACAUCGUGGGGGAUCUCUUACGGAAAGUAGGGGCUUUAGAAUCCAAAUUAGCAGCUUGCAGGAAUUUUGCAAAGGACCAAGCAUCACGAAAAUCCUAUAUUUCAGGGAAUGUUAACUGUGGGGUGAUGAAUAGCAAUGGCACGAAGUUCUCUCGAUCAGGGCACACGUCUUUCUUCGACAAAGGGGCAGUAAACGGCUUUGACCCGGCUCCUCCUCCUCCUGGUCUGGGCUCCUCGCGCCCGUCGUCAGCACCGGGUAUGCUGCCGCUCAGUGUGUGA